AUUCUUUUUUUCGUUAAUGUUAUUACUGUGUUUGAUGUGGCAGGAGGAGCAUGAACAGAUUAGAGCAAAGAAGGGUGAGGGGGAAGCUCUUGAGUGGAGUGAUUACAAGUCAAUGAGCUUCACUCAAUGUGUUGUUAAUGAGACGCUGAGAAUCGCGAACAUUAUAGGCGGGAUAUUUAGACGAACGAUGACAGAUAUCAAUGUAAAAGGCUAUACAAUUCCUAAAGGAUGGAAGGUUUUUGCAUCCUUUCGUGGUGUGCAUUUAGACCACGAAUACUUUAAAGAUGCUCGCACUUUCAAUCCAUGGAGAUGGCAGAACAACUCGGGGGCAACAUGCCCAGCAAAUGUGUUCACUCCAUUUGGAGGAGGGCAACGGCUAUGCCCAGGAUAUGAGCUUGCUAGAGUAGAACUCUCUGUUUUCCUUCACCACCUAGUCACCCGUUUCAGUUGGACUCCAGCUGGAGAAGAUAAGCUGGUUUUCUUUCCAACUACGCGGACACAGAAGCGAUAUCCCAUCAAUGUGCAGCGUCGAGAUCGUGUCCAGGCCAUGUAAAUUAUUAAUUAGAGCAAAAGAGAGAGCAUAGUGGGAGAGCUGUAAUCCUUUUAGUGUUGGAUCCAAUAAAAGCUAAAAGUAACAAGGUAAAAGCAGAUGUUAAGUUCUGGAUU